GCUGUAGCAGAGCGGAACUUAACACAUCCACGGGUCUCUGAGCGCGCCGGGACCCGCUCAGAGGUCAGGUGCACAGUGAAGCCAGAGAUGUGGGUUCGCGGAGCCGCUGCUUUGGCUCAUUCCAGGAAUAUGGGACAGUUGCCCUGCAGAAGUGGGAGAUUCAUCCACUUCAAUGAAGUUCUAAAACCAACUUGCUGAUUCUGCUCAAUUACACCUAGCUACUCUCUGUUUCACCACCAAUUGCCAUCAAUUACCACAGCUGCCACCAACUAUUAUUAUAAUUUACUGCUGGAAUUUAUCCUUAUAGUUGUUGCAUUAUUUUAAAUGAAUUUUUUUCAAAGCAGAUCCAAUCAGCAGAAGAACAAAAAGAAAAUCAUCAGAAAACAGUCAAUUUUUGUUAGAAUCAAAAAUUAUCCGUUUGACUUAUAUCUUCAGCUAAAUGAAAAAUUAAGUCUUAUUGAUCUUGAAUACUAUGUUGAUAAUUACUUGAAAUCUGUUUGCAUUUUUUUGAAUACCUUGUUCUUUUUUUGCAGAAUCUACCAGAUUUAUAAUUCCAAUGAUGGUCAACAACUAUCUGGCAAUUUGAGCUCUAAUAAUUACCAAUACUCUGAUUUGUUUUCGAAAAAUUCUAAACACCUUGAUGACUUUAACGAUUUAUCUCUUUUGAACAUAAACACUUUUUUUCAAAGUUACAAUGACAAUUAUCCUUUGCUUCAUAAAUUGAAUAAAUAUUUCCUAUGGCUAUCAAACUUGAUCAUCACCUUAAUAAUCUUGAUUUCUAUCUCAAACACAUAUUUUUUAUUCAAUCAAUCGAAUAAACUUUAUACCCUAUUAACCAGAAAUCCUAGUUCCAAACCAUCCAAUAUCAACACUCCAUCAUUGCAAUUCAAUUCACUCACAAAUAAUUGGCAAUUAAAAAUCUGGAAUCCCCUAAAAUAUCAAUUAAUCUUGUUUUCUUUAUUCUCGCCCAUCAAUUGUUUCUACCUACUUAACUUAUCUUCUAUAUCUUGGUCGGUAUUGUUGAAAGCCAUUUUACAGCUAUCGCUAAUUGAUUAUUUAUUAUACUAUUUAAUUUUUAAUAAAUUUUUGAUCUUGAUAUUGGAUAAACAGUUUUUAUUUUCAGAAAUACUAAAAGAGUAUGACAUAAAAUUUGUUCACCCAAACUUGAACAAGUUUAAGAGAGAAGUAUCAAUCGAUGCAACCAAUGGUCCUAAUUCCAAAGACGACAUAAAAAUAUCGGCUAGCAGAUAUAAUAACAUCAUUAACACCAAUUCAAAUUUCAAUAUUUAGCAAAAUCAAUAUUUCUAACAUGGAAAAUUAUAUAUUUACAUUUGUAGGUCAAUUUUUAUUAAACAAUCC